AAAGGUGACUAAGGGGCUGCGGCUAAAUAUUAUUCAUUCAGAAAAUUAUUGGAAUAUUUUAGAAUUUCACGGUUCACUGGAGUGUGUGACAAAUUAUUUACGACAGCUGACACCCGAUAUCUUGUGUAUCAAUGGUCUGAUCAAGCUUAGUGUUCGCGCUAGAGUAUAUUUUGCCAUCAACCAUGGAUAUCCAUUCGGAGGCUGCUACUGUUGAGAUCCAGGAGUCUCUCCUCUACUCAGCCAGGCAUGGAGAGCUGUCUAUCGUCAAGGCUCUGCUGGAGGCCAAUCGUGAAGGGAAGUUGACAAUGGACAUAAAUUGCAAAGGCAAAAACAAAAGCAACUUAGGAUGGUCUCCGCUACACUUGGCAUCGUAUUUUGGCCAUGUGGAAGUGGUGAGGGCUCUCAUGGAGGCCGGUGCAAACGUAGAUGCAAUCAAUGACACAGGAGACACACCGUUGCAUAAAGCAUGCUUUACUGGAAAUGAGGAGCUAGUGAUCCUCCUCCUAAAAUACAAAGCGGACGUCCACAUCAUGAACGGCGAGGGCCGGACUGCGGGCGACAUGUGCCGAUCGCGUGACGUCAGGCGGCUGGUCGACGCGGCGCAGCGUGCAGAGAGGCUUGAGAGAGAGCAGCGGCUGUUGACAGCGGCCAAGGAAGGAAAGAUUGAGGAGAUACAGGAAUUGCUAAGCAGCCCCAACCCCCCAAACAUCAACUGCGUGGACGCGCAAGGCAACUCGUGCCUGCACUGCGCCGCAUAUAGGGGCCACACAAGGCUGGCUGUACUCCUGCUGCAAAAUGGUGUCGAUACUACUCUCAGGAACAACUGCGGCCAGUUAGCCAUAGAGAUAUCCAAAGACAACGACGUGCGGGAAGUUCUCAACGUGAGACCAGUGCAGCGGUUGCAGCGCACAGCAGCCCGCUUUGAGGGCCCGCUGCUCAAGCGAUCACGGUUCCUCGGUUGGCGACCGGUCUGGUCGUGGAUAACGGCAUUCAACGAGCACAUCGCGUAUUCAGGCCACUACCUGUGGGCCGGCGCCUCGCCCGACGCGGCCCGUGAGGCUACCGAAGACUUGGAGGAUGAGUGCAAACCUUUAGGCUCAAUGCAAGACGCGCUGACCGCAGCGACCAAUAGCCUGGCCUUACUGGAAACGCAACUACGGGAGUGUUCCGCCAUUUUGACGGCACUGGACAAGAGCGUGUCGGUAGGAAAUUCGCUGCACCACUCUGCGUAUAUGCGCUUCCAACAUGCUUGCGGCUCUGGCGCUGAAGCGCUGGCAGCGCUGCGCCACUGCGCCGCACUAGUUGCACAGGCGCGUGACGCCGACGCCGCUCGUCUCAACAGAGAGAUUGAACGCAACCGGGUAUUGGAAGAAGCGUUAGCGGCACUCGCGCGGACACACCAUGCCUUGGAAAUGUCCGUGGCUGAAGAACUCACCAAGAGCAAAAGGAAAAAAAAGUCAUCUAUGGCACAGAAUGACUCCAAAGAAAACUUCUUCGACGUAUUUGAAGGGUCGGACUCGGACGACGACACGCUGGUGACGGCAGGGCUGUCAAGCCCGCUGGGCGCGCUGAGCCCGUGGGGCAGCAGCCCUGACCUCACGCGCCACACGCCCGUCGGCAGCCCGGCCGGUGACGUGACCCCAACUAACGAAGCCCGCGGCUUCCCUCGUCGAGCAUCGGUGUCAUCGGGCUCCCCGCAGUCGCUGCAUACAGCCGUGAGCCCGGCCAGCUCGCGCGGCACGCUGGUGUCGCAGGGCGGACACGUGUACCGCAACGCGCGGCCCUACAGCAAGGCCGCCAAGCUCAGGUGAGUGACUACCAGUGUAGUCCAGGUCGGGCGUCGGUUCAUCGGGCUCCCCGCAGUCGCUGCAUACAGCCGUGAGCCCGGCCAGCUCGCGCGGCACGCUGGUGUCGCAGGGCGGACACGUGUACCGCAACGCGCGGCCCUACAGCAAGGCCGCCAAGCUCAGGUGAGUGACUACCAGUGUAGUCCAGGUCGGGCGUCGGUUCAUCGGGCUCCCCGCAGUCGCUGCAUACAGCCGUGAGCCCGGCCAGCUCGCGCGGCACGCUGGUGUCGCAGGGCGGACACGUGUACCGCAACGCGCGGCCCUACAGCAAGGCCGCCAAGCUCAGGUGAGUGACUACCAGUGUAGUCCAGGUCGGGCGUCGGUUCAUCGGGCUCCCCGCAGUCGCUGCAUACAGCCGUGAGCCCGGCCAGCUCGCGCGGCACGCUGGUGUCGCAGGGCGGACACGUGUACCGCAACGCGCGGCCCUACAGCAAGGCCGCCAAGCUCAGGUGAGUGACUACCAGUGUAGUCCAGGUCGGGCGUCGGUUCAUCGGGCUCCCCGCAGUCGCUGCAUACAGCCGUGAGCCCGGCCAGCUCGCGCGGCACGCUGGUGUCGCAGGGCGGACACGUGUACCGCAACGCGCGGCCCUACAGCAAGGCCGCCAAGCUCAGGUGAGUGACUACCAGUGUAGUCCAGGUCGGGCGUCGGUUCAUCGGGCUCCCCGCAGUCGCUGCAUACAGCCGUGAGCCCGGCCAGCUCGCGCGGCACGCUGGUGUCGCAGGGCGGACACGUGUACCGCAACGCGCGGCCCUACAGCAAGGCCGCCAAGCUCAGGUGAGUGACUACCAGUGUAGUCCAGGUCGGGCGUCGGUUCAUCGGGCUCCCCGCAGUCGCUGCAUACAGCCGUGAGCCCGGCCAGCUCGCGCGGCACGCUGGUGUCGCAGGGCGGACACGUGUACCGCAACGCGCGGCCCUACAGCAAGGCCGCCAAGCUCAGGUGAGUGACUACCAGUGUAGUCCAGGUCGGGCGUCGGUUCAUCGGGCUCCCCGCAGUCGCUGCAUACAGCCGUGAGCCCGGCCAGCUCGCGCGGCACGCUGGUGUCGCAGGGCGGACACGUGUACCGCAACGCGCGGCCCUACAGCAAGGCCGCCAAGCUCAGGUGACUACCAGUGUAGUCCAGGUCGGGCGUCGGUUCAUCGGGCUCCCCGCAGUCGCUGCAUACAGCCGUGAGCCCGGCCAGCUCGCGCGGCACGCUGGUGUCGCAGGGCGGACACGUGUACCGCAACGCGCGGCCCUACAGCAAGGCCGCCAA